AUGGAAGCCUUGGUCUGUGCGUUCUCUGAGCUGCGCAUAAGAGAAGAUGCAGUGAGCUGGGCCCUAGGACAUCCCAGCCACCCCGACAUACCACCCAACAUCUAUGAAGGGGGACUGGGGGCCCAGCAGCAGCAGUGUCCCAGUUCCCAGGGAAGAAAGCCUAAGAACUUCCGACUGCGCCACCUCCGGGGCCUGGCUCUCUACCUGCCAGGCCACAUGCAACCUGCCGGCCAGUGUGAGAGCCACUGGCUGGGCCGGCUCAUGGCUAAGGGCUGCCUCUCACGUCCUGAGGUCAUGGCCUGGCCCCUAGACCUGCCACAGGGGACUCUGAGCCCAGGUAACAGCCACCGCUUGGCCCUACUGGAAGCUCCAAAACCCAGGGACAGCCUGGGAAAUACAGCUUCCAGUUCCAGUGUGGACCCAACCAAGGGUGCCCCCUUCCAGCCCAGUCCCUCUGAAGGCUUGGGGCUCAGGCUCAAGAGGUCCUGGGGUGCUUCAGAGGAGUCUACAUGUCCUUUGUGUAAAAGAACCCGCUCUGGGGCUCUGGAGAGACCAUAA